CGGCCGUCCCUUCGCCUUCCCCGCUCGCCCCGCGUAUGAGUCGGGUAUUGGCCAGCCGGCCGGCGGCCACUCUCUGCAGCCGAGGUCGGAGCGGCUCCAGUCCCUGCCUGCGGGCUCCAUGGAGAAGGCGACGGCUUCGAGCGGCCCCGAAGGAGCAGCAGCAGCAGCAGCAGCAGUCCCGGGCGCAGGCAGUAACAGCAGCAGCCGCAGCAGCAGCCGCCCCACGUCGGCGGGCUCCUCGCCUUGCUCCUCGGCCGGCCGGGGGCUCUCUGGCCGGCAGGCAGCAGCGGCCGGGGCUGUAGCUGGAAGGCCGGAUGGAGGCGGCAGCAGCAGCAGCCCCAGUUCAGCCGCGGCCAGUCCCGGGGCGGGCGGUGGAGGGGGACUGACGCCGGUGCGGAAGACGGAGCCGGUGCUCGAGGGGACCCUGAGCAAAUACACCAACCUCCUGCAGGGCUGGCAAAGCAGGUACUUCAUGCUAGAUUUUGAGACUGGAAUGCUACAGUAUUUUGUGAAUGAACAAAGUAAAAACCAGAAGCCGCGAGGGGUGCUGUCCUUAGCCGGGGCUGUAGUUUCUCUCAGCGAUGAAGCUCCAAACAUGUUGGUAGUAUACUCUGCUAAUGGAGAAAUGUAUAAGCUGAGAGCUAGUGAUGCAAGAGAGAGACAGUAUUGGGUGACUCAGCUCCGAUCCUGUGCCAAGUAUCACACUGAAGGCAACUCAAAGAGCUCUUCAUCUUCUCGAAUGAAAGGCUUGUCCUUGUUUCCUCAUGGAGCAGCCAACUCCACAUUUCUCGGUUCCCAGAAAAGCCUGAAUCAGAGUGGACAGCCGGUUGUCACAAUUACACAUCAUAAAUCUCCUGCAGCAGCCCGAAAAGCCAAGGCACAGCGUCCUGGCCAUCUCCACGAAGUAAAAGAGAUGAUGAGCCAAGUGGAGGGACAGCAGAAGAACCUCGUGCAAGCCAUUGAAUCCCUCCCAGGUUCUGGUCCUCUUUCUGCCUUGGAUCAAGACUUACUGCUUCUAAAAGCUACCUCUGCUGCCACCCUCAGCUGCCUUGGAGAAUGUCUGCAUUUACUACAACAGGGCAUGCACCACAUGAGCCACCACAGUAGUAACAGGUCAUUGACUUCAGAAAGCCUACUAGGGUGGCACGGGCCAAAGUCUCAUUCCACAGAACCACUGAAAAAUGGUGCCCUUAGUUCUUUGACAUCUGCCAGUGCCAGUCUUACCUGGGCAAUAGUACCAACUACAACUCAAGAUGGAAACAUACAGCCAACUAUAGAGUGUUCAACUCGCGAAUCAAUUCUGGUUGAAGAUGAAGUGACAGAUACUGAAGAUAAUGCAGAGGAUGAUUUAGGAGUCAUGGAUGAUCAACGGAGCAUAAUUCUUCAUCUCAUCUCACAACUGAAACUUGGAAUGGACCUAACCAGGGUAGUCCUCCCAACUUUUAUUUUGGAGAAGAGAUCCCUAUUGGAGAUGUAUGCAAACUUCCUGGCCCAUCCAGACCUGUUUUUGUUGAUUUCUGCAGGGACCACACCUGAGGACAGAAUCAUUAACUUUGUGGAGUAUUACUUGACGGCCUUUCAUGAAGGCCGCAAAGGAGCUGUUGCCAAGAAGCCCUACAACCCAAUCAUUGGAGAAACUUUUCAUUGCUCUUGGGAUGUGCCUAAAGACAAAAUGAAACAAUCCAAAACUAAUAGUGCCUCACCAACUCCCAAGGACCAGGUCAAGGGGGUUGGCCAGGAUACGUCUGCGUGCUACAAGCUGAGGUUUGUAGCUGAACAAGUAUCCCAUCACCCACCAGUAUCUUGCUUUUACUGCGAGUGCAAGGAGAAGAAGGUGUGUGCGAAUGUUCAUGUGUGGACCAAAAGCAAGUUCAUGGGGAUGUCUAUAGGUGUUUCUAUGGUAGGUGAAGGUGUUCUCUAUCUGCUGGAACACGGGGAGGAAUAUGUAUUCACGCUGCCUAGUGCCUAUGCACGCUCUAUACUUACCAUUCCUUGGGUGGAGCUUGGGGGUAAAGUCAACAUUCAUUGUGCCAAGAGUGGCUACUCAGCUACUGUCACAUUUCAUACCAAGCCUUUCUAUGGAGGAAAAGUACACAGGGUCUCGGCAGAGGUGAAACAUAAUCCCACCAAUACCAUUGUAUGUAAGGCACAAGGAGAAUGGAAUGGCACGCUAGAAUUUACAUACAGCAGUGGAGAAACCAAAAUAAUUGACACCAGUAAGCUACCCAUUAUACGCAAGAAGAUUAGACCAAUAGCAAAACAAGGUCCAUUUGAAUCAAGGCAUCUCUGGCAACAUGUCACCAACGCCCUGAAAGAAAACAACAUUGGUCUAGCGACAGAGCAUAAGCGCCUCCUUGAAGAGAGGCAGAGAGUAGAAGGGAGACAGCGGGAAGUUAGCAAUACACCAUGGAAACCAAAAUAUUUUAUCAAAGAGAGUGAUGGAUGGCUCUACUUUGAUCCCCUCUGGAAGAACCAUUGAUAAGAUCUGGACUCAUGAAAAACCUGUUUCCUAGAGGCAUUAAACAGAUGCAUUAUUUACAUUUCAGGUGUGAUUAAGUCUUGCUAUAAAUUAAAAGCUGUGUACUGUGUAUACAAUAUACUGUAUACAAUAUACUGUGUACUGUAUACAAUUCUGAACAGCUAAACGCUGAAGUUUACUGAGAAACUAUUUUGUGUGCAUCUAUAGACUUGCACACUUACUGUGUAUUAUGUCAAAGCCUAUUUUACACACACACAACACACACAGGAUCUGAUCUUUUGCAUUGAAGCCAGUGCGUAUCAUGUUGCUUGCAAGAUCAGAUCUUGCAUUGGGAAUGAACACUUUAAAAAUUACUAAUUGACAUUUUCUAUUUUUCACAUUGCCAAAAAUGUUUUUGCACUUAAAACCACUUGACACUUGAUGGCCGUUUCAUGGUCAAGCCCGUGACUUAAAUUACUUGCUUUGUUUGACUCAAGAAUGCUGAUUCUCCUGGGGUAUCUGUGUAAGAGCAUGUUUGUCUUCGCAACUCACUCUCAAGUGCGUGUUUCCUGGUGUCUUGGAAGAAGAUGGGAAUAUUUUAAGCAGCCUUGUCCAAGUUCAUCCCCUGUAUCCUGUUCUUCUUCCAACAGCAGGUUUUGCAUACUCCUUUUCUGCAUACUCCUUUUACUCUUUUGGUCCUUGGACAUCAGGAUCUCUGGGUGGUGUCAGAGGCUGAAUGUGGCAGAGGCCUCUAAAAUACUGUGCUUCUCAGACCAGUCAUUAUCCUUUUGAGCACAAAGUAGCUCCCUCUUACUUCUGCAUUGCUAACUGGUCAGAUGACUUUUCAUUUAUACAGAGAAUAUGCCCAUCCUCUUAAGAAAUAAAUUUAGCUGCUGUGACAGUCCUUCAUGGCAAAGAGCUUUCAAAAGGGAGAGAAUCCUGCACCAUACACAGUCUUUGGAAUAUUAGCUCCCCCAACCCUCAAGCGUUAAGUUACUCCUGUGCAAGAGUGAAGGCAGAUUCAGAGGGUUUUUUAAAAAAAACUUUCUGCAGGUGUGGGAAAUAAUUAUACAAACCUCAGUCAGUAUUCUUAAUUUAGCUACUGAAAGUUAGUUUAAGGGAUUAAAUCCAGCCCCUGAUCCUGUAGAGCAUCCCCAGUUGAUGGAUCGGGCAGGAAAACUGUACACACAGCAACUGUUGUAUAUGUGCAGUUUUGCCAGUCCAUCCAAGGAGGUGCAUGCCAAAGCUUAGCUGCCCUGGGCCAAUAGGGGAACCAUGUGUAUCCCUAACUUCUGAGUGGCUUAGAAGGUCCAUGUUAGCUUAGUUGGUAUCAGCAAUUAGAUUGUGGUUUUGUAGGGAGUUUGGACAACCACUGAAGAAUUCAUAGACAGGAUCAAUAAGUACAAGGAACGCUAUUGGGACACUACAAAAGUCAUUUUACAGUAGGCAGAAAAGUUCACAUAAAUCCAUCAUGAGAUGGAAACUAUAUGAAGUUAACAGUACUAAAACUUGGUUGUGCUUCAGUCGUGUUAUUCUGUUGAUAUCUCUUAAAAGCAAAAUAAGGCUGAAUUUAAAUUAAUGUUUGUGUAGAAUGUUCUCUGCUCAAUCCUUAAAUUAUUUUCAUGGAAUCCCUUUAAAAAUUCUAUUUGGUAGACAUGCAAACUGAUCUUUACAUUGUACUGAUUAUUUUUGUGCCUUCUGUUAAAUCCCUGCUACUCACACAUUGUAUAUAAACAGAAAAAAAUCUAGUUAGGUACACCUGGUAAUAAGCUUUUUUAAAAAAAAAAAUAAAAAAAAUAUUUUCUGCUAAGGUAGCAGUCAAAACUAUAUAUGUAUCUCUUAUAAAGGAAUGUAUCACAUCAUGUUACCUUUUGAGUUAUCCUUUCAUUAUCUGCUUUUCAUUGAAAGAGCUUCACAGUUGCCUCAAGAUGCAGUGAUGAACUCCACUCUUGAGUCGCCUGUAUUGUACACUUAUCUUGGCAUAUGAAAGCCAUUGUAUUUACAAAAGAGUUUUUCUUACAAUGUGUUUAACCUCUUUUCAAGGAAAUAAAACUUGUACAACCUCAGAUGUAUAGAAAUCUGUUUUGAAAAGGAAAGCCAUAUAGCCUAGGCUUUUCUCUCUGUUUCUAAAAGCCAGUCACCUGUACUUACAGACUCCAGUACUACCAGCAAAAACCUCGUUUGCCCAGUUUGAAUCUCGAGGCCCCAGGAAAUCAUAGCAAGGUUAUCUGAAAUUCAGACUAAAAUCAUUGUUCACUUUUCUCAGUACCAUGCUUUGAUCAUUCACCAAAGAACCAUUUACAUUUCUCUGGAAUUAUUUUUUGUCUUGUUUUUCUUUGCAUCUUGGCUAGAGUCUAGACUCUUCCCCCCUCAGAUUUGUGUGACUGUAAUUAUUUGCAGAAUAGAGCUUUUGGAGGCCAAAUAUAUUUACAGAUCUACUUUCAUGUAAAAUGAAGCGCUGAUUUGGAUCCAGGGCCCUGGUGUUCACCACACUACUCUUGCUGUUUCCCAGGUAGGAAUUCCCCUCUGGAAUUGCAUUAAGUGUGGUAGAGGAAAAAAGACAGGGAUCAAGUCUUAUUUCCUGCAUGGGUGUGCUGCACGGAGCUGGUUGCUUGCACAGAAAUUAAGGUGUGCCACAGGGUCUAUAGGAUCAGCCUUUGCUUUGAUAAUGCUGAUCAAGAAAAAAAAUUCUCACAUGAAAGCCAGGAGAAUCAUUAAUUUUCUUUCCCAUAUACACACUGCUCCAUGCAUUUUGCAACUGAGACAUUAUGUUGGGGCGGGGGGGGGGAGGUAUAUAAAGAAGCAACAUGCCUUAUUUGUUGGUCUUAUGUUUGUCUUGCACCUGCAACUGAAUACUUCCUUUGAGUGUACACUUUGAACUGUAAUGUAAAUUUUGAUGUACUUCCAGUUAACCUUUGUGCACAGCUGUAGGACCUAUGCAAAAAUUUUCUUACAUAGAAUUGUUCAAAAAGUUUAUACGUAUUUGUUAAAAAUCAAAUUAUCUGGCAGUCACUUCUGAUUAGCCUUUCUUUCAUAAUUUGUGAAUUAAAAUCACAAACUGGAGACACUCAAUAAAUUUUAUUUGAAUGUA